GAACUGCUGUCUUUGUGGGGAAGGAUAACUGAACUGGCCUUCCAUGGUUUCUGCUCUCUUCCAGAACCCUAACCCUUUCUAUAUAUCCAGGAUUUACAAAGGAAUGUUUACAAAGAAACUGGAAAACAGUACAAGGAACAAACAAGAGAGCAGUCAAAGCAAAAAGGAACUAAAUAUUUUCCAGGUUGGACAAGUAAAGAAUCCCAAAUUCUCAAAUAGUUUAAAAAGCUCAGUAAAAAAAGUAACAAAGCAUACCGCUGUUCACAAUUUGUCAGUUAAAGAGGAGAGACGCAACCACGAAUUUUCUCUGUCUCCAACUCUCAGCUACCGGGUAGCCAUAGCAAAUGGAUUGCAACAGAGGGUUUUCUUAAAUAAGAAUGAAGAUCCCUUUCGUGAUGCAUCUUCUAAGGGGAGUUCAUUCUCAGAAUUUUUAAGUGACGCCAACGACAAGAACAGGAGCGAAGAAAAUUCAUCGCACGCGAUGCCUAUGAGACGCAACAGGAAGAGUGUGGGUAGCCUCGCCCCUUCGGACGGCAGCUCCGAAGGGGACCGCACACUGCACAGCCUCAAGCUUGGUGCUUUACGGAAAUUGCGAAAAUGGAAGAAGAGCCAGGAGUGCGUCUCCUCGGACUCUGAGCUCAGCACAUGGAAGAAAACCUGGGGCCUGAGGAGCAAGUCUUUGGACAGAACAGCUCGCCCACAAAAGUCCAGUCCACUGGAACCAAGCUUCAGCUCAACGGGUUGCAUCAGCCAGACCCACGAUGUGAUGGAAAUGAUAUUCAAAGAGCUCCAGGGUAUCAGUCAAAUAGAAACUGAACUCUCUGAAUUGCGGGGGCACGUCAACGCCCUCAGACAGUCGAUUGAUGAAAUCUCCAGCAGCGUGGAAGUCGUGCAGAAUGAGAUUGAACAGUUGCGGACAGGGUUUGUACAGUCACGAAGGGAGACGCGUGAUAUAUAUGAUUAUAUCAAGCAACUUGGAUGCACAGGAAGCAAAACCAGUCUUAGAUUUUUAAAUGUGCCAGAGGAGAAGUUUGAGAAUGUCGAGCAUGUAGUGUACAGAACAUUAAUAGAGAAAAUGGGAUUUUCAGAGGCCCAGAAUUCUGUCAAAAUAGAAUUUGCGCAGCGACUGGGACAGCAGAGAGACUGUCCUAAUGCCAAGCCGCGGGCCAUCCUUGUUUAUUUUGAAACAUCCCAGCACAGAGACUUGGUUCUGAAAAAGUCUUACAAGCUUAAGGGGACUGGCCUCGGGGUUUCAACUGAUAUUCUCCCUCGUGAUUCAAGUGAGAGGAAGGAGAGAACCCUCCCUUCCUCUCAGACGUAUGAGAGCAUGGAUUUGAAAUUCCCAGCCUCUGACCUCAGAGCUAAAGAGCAGGGUUGGGAGUGGCUUGAUGACCGGGGCAAAGAACUGGACUCUGAUAUCGGUUGGAACAGGUAUGCAAAAAUAUCCAAAUCUGCUCCGCAAAUGAAAAGAAAUUCUGCAAAGGACAGGGGAGACAUUCUUAAAAGGGCUCCAGAUGGCGAUACUUUCUGUGGUCAAGAGAGCCCACAGAAGGAGAUCAGAACCUGCUGCUCUUCCAACAUGACCUCUGUGUGGCCAUCACAGAACGAUUUUGCAGCGCUAAAGCUCAGUCGUUCAGAAUCAGAUUUUUCUAAACUCUGCCAGUCUUACUCUGAAGAUUUUUCAGAGAACCAACACUUCAUCAAAACGAAUGGGAGCUCACUCUUAUCCUCUUCCGAUCGGGAACUCUGGCAGAGAACACAUGGUGACCCAUCUGACUGGAGCGGUGAUCUGCAAGGACAGGGGCUUAAUCAAGAUGGCCCCCCUUAUAGAUUUGAGAGCGAAAUUGAGAAUACAGAAACAAUUGACAGCGGGGUCAGCAACGGGGUGGCCUGUGCAUCAGGCGACCGAAGUCGUUACAGUAACUCUCAGGUCUCCUUAGAAGAUGCGCUUUCACCAUGGAAAGAUUGGAAUCAGCUAGACCAAAAUAGGGACAUUGGAGUAAAUUCCUUAAACUACAAAAAUCUGGGUUAUAACUUAAAUGAUUUUUCUGACCAACAGGUAGACUGUGGCCAGUUCUCAGAUGCCCAGGAUGAGACAGAAAGUUAUGAUUACGCCCCAGACAGUAACUGCCUCUCUGGCAUAGGGUCCAGCAGUGAAGUACAGAGUCCCUGGUUCAGCCAGCUCACUGAGCACCAGGAGACCAGAGCCAGUGCCUGCUUUCCAAACCAAAACAGGAAGCCUGUGAUGUAUCGAAGCCAGAGCGAGCUGCCAAGCAAGGACGCCGAGGAAGUGCCUCCGAAGUCUUGGCACAGCCGGCUGAGCAUUGACCUUUCAGACAAAACCUUCCUCUUUCCCAAAUUUGGAAAUACCCUGCAACGGGCAAGGUCGGCUCUGGAAGUGGUGUGGAAUAAGAGCACACAGAGCUUAAGUGGCUGUGAGGACAGCGGAUCGUCUUUUAUGGGGCGGCUUCGGACAAUGUCUCAAUCCACUGCUAAUGAAUCAAACACCACCUUGGACUCUGACGUUUGCAUGGAGCCGUCCUAUUACCGAGCUGAAGAUGAGGAGGACCCCAGUGAGUCCAUGGGGGAGCUUGAAACAGAUUAUGUAGAAGUCGUGGAACAAGUCCUCGCUAAGCUGGAGAGCAGAACUAGUGCUAAUGAAUUGGAAAAACAGACCCAGGAAUGUGAACCGGAAGCAGCUCUACAAAAAAGCCCCUCAGCCAUUUCACAAGAAGGCUCUCCUGGUGGCUGUUCAGGGAGCCAUCUGGCCAGUCAGCACAAGCGGGAAGUUGCAGGUGAAGAUACGGUGGUUGAGAAUGAAUUGGAUGCAUGUGAAGACGAAAAUCAGAAUAUUCCAAUAGUCCCUGCUACAGCACCAGUUCAAAAAAAAGGCAUCCCAUCUUUUAAAGAAGCUGCUCUGAGGGCACACAAGAAACAGAUGAGGGAGCUGGAGGAAAAGAUCCUUGCUGGAGAUAGCAGAUCUGUGGAUGAAAAGGCUCACGUUGCCAGCGGACAUUCCUUGGAGGCCUCCAAACUUGCAGUCCAAGCCUUUUCUGGCCCUGGUAGUGCUCUGUAUGGGAUUGAUAGCAUGCCAGACCUGCGACGAAAGAACACAUUUCCUGUCAUCCGAGAUGUGACACUGGCUGCCCGAAAGCCGGGAGUCUCACUGGCCACACUGGUCCGGACAUCCCUGAGUAACGAGAUGAAAAUGCAUGUUUUCAAAAAGACUCUGCAGGCGCUCAUCUAUCCCAUGUCCUUGACCACUCCGCACUACUUUGAGGUGUGGACAGCCACAGCCCCCACCUACUGUUAUGAAUGUGAAGGGCUCCUCUGGGGCAUCGCCCGGCAGGGAAUGAGAUGCAGCGAGUGUGGAGUGAAAUGCCACGAAAAGUGCCAAGACCUUCUCAACGCCGACUGCCUGCAGAGGGCUGCAGAGAAGAGCUCAAAGCACGGGGCUGAAGAUAAGACGCAGAACAUCAUUACAGCCAUGAAGGAACAAAUGACGAUUCGAGAGAAAAACAGACUGGAGGUCUUUCAUCUGAUCCAGGAGGUGUUCCAGGUUUCAAAGGAAGACUUCUCAAAGCACACAAAGGCAGCCAAACAGAGUGUCCUGGAUGGCACCUCCAAGUGGUCAGCCAAAAUAAUGAUCACAGUGGUUUGUGCCCAGGGCUUGCAAGCCAAGGACAAAACUGGCUCCAGCGAUCCAUAUGUUACUGUGCAAAUUGGCAAAACGAAAAGGAGGACAAAGACUAUCUUCGGAAACCUGAAUCCAACGUGGGAUGAAAAGUUUUAUUUUGAAUGUCACAAUUCCACCGACAGAAUAAAGGUCAGAGUUUGGGAUGAAGAUGACGAUAUCAAGUCACGAGUGAAGCAGCAUUUCAAAAAAGAAUCAGAUGACUUUUUGGGACAAACAAUCAUCGAUGUGAGAACUCUGAGUGGGGAAAUGGAUGUCUGGUAUAACCUGGAUAAGCGCACUGAUAAAUCUGCCGUUUCUGGGGCAAUUCGGUUGAAACUCAGUGUUGAAAUAAAAGGGGAGGAGAAGGUUGCACCAUAUCAUGUGCAGUACACCUGUCUACAUGAGAACCUCUUCCACUACUUGACUGAGGUGAAAGCAGGUGGAGCUGUACAGAUCCCGGCAGUCAAAGGAGAUGAAGCCUGGAAGGUCUACUUUGAUGACGCUGCACAAGAGAUUGUGGAUGAAUUUGCAAUGCGCUAUGGAAUCGAAAACAUCUACCAAGCGAUGACGCACUUCUCUUGCUUGUCUUCCAAAUACAUGUGCCCUGGUGUUCCAGCUGCUAUGAGCACUUUGUUAGCCAACAUCAAUGCCUUUUAUGCUCACACCACAGCCACCACUAGUGUAUCUGCUUCUGAUCGAUUUGCUGCCACCAACUUUGGGAGAGAAAAGUUCAUCAAACUGCUGGACCAAUUGCAUAAUUCGCUGAGGAUCGAUCUCUCCAAGUACAGGGAAAAUUUUCCUGCCAGCAGUCCAGAGAGGCUCCAGGACCUGAAAUCAACGGUGGACCUGCUGACAAGCAUUGCCUUUUUUCGCCUAAAAGUCCUGGAGCUGCAGAGUCCCCCUCGAGCCAGUGCCGUUGUGAAAGACUGUGUCCGGGCCUGCUUGGACUCCACAUACAGAUACAUUUUCGACAACUGCUAUGAUCUGUAUGCUCGGUUAAUGGGCCAGGGUAAAAAGCAAGACAUUCCUCGAGAGGAACAGGGCCCGACGAUCAAGAACCUGGAUUUCUGGACCCAGCUCAUUACCCUGAUGAUUACCAUCAUCGACGAAGACGGAGUAGCCUACACUCCCAUCCUGAACCAGUUCCCUCAGGAGCUGAACAUGGGCAAGGUCAGUGCAGAGAUCAUGUGGACCCUCUUUGCGCAGGAUGUGAAGUUUGCUCUGGAAGAACAUGAAAAGCACAGGUUAUGCAAGAGCACAGACUAUAUGAAUUUACACUUCAAAGUGAAAUGGUUUUAUAAUGAAUAUGUGCAGGAGCUCCCCUCCUUCAGAAACACAGUGCCUGAGUACUCUCUGUGGUUUGAGCCGUUUGUCAUGCAGUGGCUAGAGGAAAAUGAGGAUGUCUCCAUGGAAUUCCUCCACGGCGCAUUGGGAAGGGACAAGAAAGAUGGGUUCCAGCCCACAUCAGACCAUGCUCUCUUCUCUUGCUCAGUGGUAGAUGUCUUCACGCAGCUCAACCAGAGUUUCGAGAUCAUAAAGAAGCUAGAGUGUCCUAAUCCUGAAGCACUUUCUCAUCUCAUGAGAAAAUUUGCAAAGAUAAUCCAUAAAGUGCUUACUCAGUAUGCUGCAAUUAUAACAAAGGAUUUCAGCUCUUAUUGUGAUAAGGAAAAUGUGCCCUGUAUCUUGAUGAACAACAUUCAGCAACUGCGAGUGCAACUUGAGAAGAUGUUCGAAGCCAUGGGUGGCAAAGAGCUGGACCCCGAGGCCAGCGUGGUCUUGAAAGAGCUGCAGACCAAGCUCAGCGGCGUCCUAGACGAGCUGAGUGUGGCAUACAGUGCCAGUUUCCAGCUUCUCAUUGAGGACUGCGUGACACAAAUGAGUGUGGAGUUAAACCGGCUGAGAGGAAACGGAGCAGCGGGCAGCCGGAGCAGCAGUGCCGUGCAGGCCGAGAUUGUGCUGCGCCCCUUGAUGGAUUUCCUUGACAAAAUCUUAAGUACCUCAGCAAAAAUCUGUGAGAAGACUGUUCUGAAGCGGCUUUUGAAAGAGCUCUGGAAGUUGGUCCUGAGAAAAAUUGAAAGGCAGAUUGUACUCCCACCCCUGGCAGACCAAACUGGCCCUCCAAUGAUUCUCAGCGCAGCCAAAGAUUUCAGCCAGUUGUCGAAGCUGAAGGACCACGUCAUUGGAGAAGAAGCAAAAGGCCUGACUCUGGGGCAGUGUGCAGUAAUGGAGGUGGUUCUGACCACCAUUAAGCAAUAUUUUCAUGCUGGAGGAAGUGGGCUGAAGAAGAGCUUCCUGGAGAAAAGUCCAAACUUGCAGUCUCUGAAAUAUGCACUGAAUCUUUACACGCAGACCACAGAUGUUCUGAUCAAGAAAUUCAUCGACAGCCAGACUUCUCAAAAUCAAACAACAGACAACACAGUGGGGGAGAUUAAUCUCCAGGUGGAUCUGGCAACACAUCCUGCAACUGGCGAGCAUAAAGUCACUGUCAGAGUUGUAGCAAUUGACAACCUCCGCUGGCGGACUGGCGCCACGUUCCGCCCCUUCGUGGAGGUUUGCCUUCUGGGGCCCAGCCUGAGCAACAAGAGGAGGAAGCAUGGCACCAGGAGCAAGACCAACACGUGGUCCCCAAAAUACAACGAAACAUUCCAGUUUCUUCUGAGCGGCGAGGAACAGCCUGAUGCUUAUGAGCUGCACCUCUCCGUGAAGGACUACUGCUUCGCCAGGGAAGACCGGCUCAUCGGCGUGGCCGUGGUCCAGCUGCGAAGCCUCCUGGAGAGAGGAGGCUGUGGCUCUGCAUGGCACCCCCUGCUGAGAAGCAUCUGUUUGGAUGAGGCUGGGCUGACCAUCCUGCAGGUUCUUUCUCAGAGGACCAGCGACGAAGUGGCAAAGGAGUUUGUCCGGCUCAAGUCAGAAACACGGUCCAUUGAAGAAAUGGCCUGAUUCUCCAUGCAAGGAAAUGCAAAGUUCCAGCCCCAAGAUCCUUGCCCUGUCUCAUUAAUGUCUGAAUCGUGCAUGUGUGUGCAACUCUGUGGGAAUGUUUGACUGUUUCUGUGUUUGCCAGAACAUAAAUUACUAUGGUUGCAAGGUACGUCCAACAGCUGUCAAUCUUUUCUACGUGUUCAGGUUCUUGAGGAAAAAAUGGAAUUGUUCCAUUGAAGUGCCAAAACUGCAGUGAAGAGCAAAACUAUGAACAGCAUCUUUUGAGAUACUGAUUUUGUCUCAUGACGGCCCCUUCCUCGUUGCCACUUCUCGUCUCCAUUAACUGUCCUGCUGCCCACGCAAUGUCAUGUUACUGCAGACCCACCUCUCCAGCAUCACUCUGGAUGCUUGGCCUUAUUUCCUCCCAUUUUAUGCAAAGCCCAUUAAGUCUUGCUUCUGAAAUCCUUUUUCUACCAUCUACAGGUGCAGUUACUUCAAGAAAGUGUUUGUAAUUUUAUAGUUGCUGAUUUAAAGAAAUGAUUUUUUGCAUACAAACUUUUAAAAAGUGGAAAUGUUUUAUGCUGACCAUUUUUUUCCCAGUCUUUCAUAUUUACCACUGUGAGGAAGAGCUGGCAGAGCAAGUUCUCAAGAAGUCUGGCCACGUUUAUUAUGGAUGCUUAAUAUCUUGAGAUAAGUUUGCUCUCCAGAGCCACCAAGGUAAUACCGUAUUUGUAUUAAGGAGUAAUUUUGUCCCUGGAUUCAGGGCUUCGCAGAUGGGUCCUGGGUGUACGUAAUCUGUUCUCUGAGCAAAGGCUCCCCGGGGUAUCUUGCUUCCUCCUUUGUGGCCCAAUGGAAGAAGAGGAAGAUGAGGCACCUGGGGCAGGACCCCUGGAGUGAGGAAGGCAGGCUGCCAAAGGAUGCCAGCAGCCCUUGGCUCGAGGCCCUUGGAGUGUGAGGAGGAUUCCCAGGGAGUGAACGUCAGUACAGUGUGCUAGUUUCCCAGGGUUGUGUUGUGUGAAAGGUGUUGGACUAUACAGGGUUAAUUAGAUGGAGCGUGCUGGUGAGUGGUUUCCAUCAAGAAGCAAUUUUGCUGUUAACAUUUCUCACUCUGGCUGUUACAGAUGUUGUUUUAGAUUCUUAGCUGAAAUCUCAGUUAAGUGCUUUCUUAUUUUUUAUUUUCAUAAAAAUUCAAAGUUUCUACUUAUGCAACAUGCCUAUGUCCUGCAUGGAGACAAACAUCCAUGUGAUGUAAAUAUAUUUCAUGAGAAAUUAUAAAAUAAAGCCAGAAGAAACUAUU